CUGAGAGAGAAGCAGCGCGAGUUACACAUUGGCUCGCGGUGACCCACUCUCCGCUAAAGGCGUGCGGGUCUCGAGAGGAGCUUGGUCCAGGAUUGUUCAGUCGCGCGCGAUGGACUCUUUUGAAGAGGACGACCAAGUGGUGGAGUCGUCGCCGCAGCCGGACGAGCAGCCCACCCUCGAGCUGGAGCAUGCCCUGGCCGAGCUGGGCAAGGGCGGCCGCUGGCUGCGCUCCCUUUUCCUCCUCGGCAGCAUCCCCGGAGUGCUGAACGCCCUCAAUCUUGUUGCCUACGUCUUCAUCGCCACCGAGCCGCGAUUCUUUUGCAAGGAGAAAACAGCAGAGCCGUUUGGACAAAAUUUCACCAACUUAUCAAGUGGAAGGCGCAUGGAGCUUCGCAAUGAGAGUAAAAGCAGUUCAUGCUUCUACACAGAGUGGAACUCAACAAAUGAAUUUUCCGAUUCCGCUCAAGAACCGCAGUUUCACUGUGAAGAAUAUGUUUUCUUUGAAACGGAUCGUGGCACGUCCAUUGUUUCAGAGUGGAGCUUGGUUUGCGAUUCAGAAAUUUGGAAACCAAUGUCGCAAGUGGCCCUUGGCGUUGGCAAAGUGAUCGGCUCCUUAGUUUUUGGCUGCAUUUCGGAUAGGAUGGGUCGCAAGACGAGUUUCUUGGCCUCUUCGUUCGUGUAUCUUGUGGCUGGUCCUGCGGCGGCAUUUGCAUUCCACUUCCCUGCGUUUAUUUUCUUCAGAAUCGCACUUGGAGCUGCAGGCGCAGGAGCGUUCACCUCGGCAUACACAAUAAUGGCAGAAUCAGCGAAAGCGCCUCGGAGGCCCAACCUGGGCGUGCUGUUCAACAUGUCGUACGCGAUCGGCUUCGUGAUAGCGCCCGUACUGUCGCUGGCCUUCUCAGGGUGGCGGCCCUUCCAAAUGGCCAUCUCGGUGCCGGCGCUGCUGCUGCUGCUGCCGUGCUGGUCGCUGCCUGAGUCGCCGCGCUGGCUCAUCUCUCAGGGCAGGCACAGGGAGGCCCUUUACGUGGUGCGACACGCCACCACUAAGAAUAUCGACCGCCAACGCACCAUCUCGUCCACCGAGAACAGGUUCCAGCAACAGGAGGAAGAUGCGUCUUGCUGGUCAGGCACUCUGACCUUUUUGGCCAGGCUGGGUGGCAUGCUGAGUGACGGCAUGUUCCGCAAACGACUGCUCCUCUCGCAGCUCAUCUGGUUUUCCUGCUCGCUGACCUACCACACGCUGAUGCUGAGCGGCGCGGCGUUAGGCCUGCAGCCGCACCGCUACGUCGUCCUGUUGGCGUCGGUGGAGGUGCUCUCCUACCUGCUGCCGCCGCUCAUGUUGAAAAGAUAUUCGCGCAGGAUUUGCCUCGCCCUGCUGCUCACAGGCUCGACACUCGCCCUGGCCACGCUCGCCUGCGUCCCCAAGGAUUACUCAGUUGGCACCAUGGCGGCAGCGAUGCUGAGUCGCUUCUUCAUCAGCGGGGCGUAUUCUGUGGCGAUCUUGUUCACCUCUGAACUGUUUCCGACCGUCACCAGAAACACGGCCAUAGGCACUUGCACAACUUUCGCUCAAAUUGGAUCAAUUUCUGCGCCGUUUCUCGUUGAUAUGAUUGCGGUCGGCAGCGUGAGUACUCCGAUGUGGGUGUGCUUCAGCGCAUCGUUUGCGGCCUUGUUCCUGUCGCUCGGUCUGCCUGCCUUGCGGAACAUCAACCUCUGCGACACAAUGGCCCAAGCGCGCUGUAGUGAGGCAGAACUCAAGGAGGUGAGCUUCUUCAGGGGUCGAAAUAAAGCAGGCGCGGAUGACAUCGAGCAGGACGUGCAGCCUAAUGAACUGUCGGAUAUUCCUGAGGAAGAAGAGUCUCUCGACCUCAGCCAUCUCGGACUUGGCUGACAGACAGAACAGAUUCCUUCGCUUUGUAUCAGCAUAGUGUGGAAAUAAACCUCAUGUACGUGG